UUUACUGUAGAAGUACUGUAUAUUUGUAUGCAUCGUUUCAAUUUAAAGGAAUUUCUAGAUUACAAUUUUUCAUUUUAUUUUCUUGCCUAAUAUCACUUAUGAUGGAGUUUUUAAAAUAAUUAAUGUAUUAAAUUGAUAAUUAGCAUAAUAUUUAUAAAUUAAUCGAAAAUGAAUCAAUGGAAGUCCGCUGGGGGAAGAUUUACUGCAUCACAAACAAACUAUUUUGGCCAGUUGACCUUUUGCAUAAAACAUUGGCAGAAUUUCAAGAUGAUUUACCCCCAGGAAAAUCUUUAGAAGAAAUAUUUAAAUUAUAUGAUGAAUAUGAACAGAACAGAACAGCUUUACUUGCCAAAUGUCAAGCUGAAAGAGAAUAUAUUAUAUGGAGAAGUGCUGUUAAACAAAGAUCCCAAUCUCUUUCUCCUGGCAGAAGAGAGAAGCAUUCUUUAGAUCGUUCUUUAACAUCUUCUGGUAUAUAAAAAAUUUAUUUUAGAUUUUUUUAAAAAUAUUUUUUAAUGACUAAGAAUUUGCUAGUUAUCAAAAGUUCAGUUAAAAAAAGUAAAUAUCUAAUUAAAAAAGAAAUUAGCAAUAAUACUAA